AUGGCAGCGAAAAAUCUGUGAGUUCCACGUCAAUACUUAUUUCAGAGUUGAGAUUAGCUUUUGUUGUCAAUAGAAUUGUGAUCACCGGGUAAAUAACUACUAGAAAACAGCGUUCAAAGUCUCGUGAAAAAAUCGAAAAAAUGAAAAAUUGUCCGAGAGAAGCACAACACUUUCUCGGCCACGUUUUUCAAAAAUCUAGUCCGCGCGCCCUCUCUGCCCCUUUUUCGCAAAUUCGUUUUUCGAAAAUUCUUCCGAAAUUAUCCGAUUUCUGGUGAGUUUCACCGAUUGUCUAGGUGCUUCAUAAAUUUUUGAAGGUUCCCCAAGAUUGAAAGUGUUUUUUCAGCGACUCCCUGAUUGUUCAAAAAAACGUCAACGCCGACAAAAAUGUAUAUAUUGAAAAAGGCAUCAAAGUCCUUAUUAAUCCACCGAAAGAGCUUUUCGACAAGUUUCAAGAAUGGGUAAGACUUUUAUAAAUGUAUAAGGAAGAGAACUUUGAAUUUCUGAAUUACAGAUUUCUGAAACUGAGCGCUGGAACUAUCGCAAGAACGAAUAUGCCAUAUGGAAUGCGAGUUUUGAGAAACUAUGGUUUUAUCUUGCGAUCGAGGAAGAGACAAAUGAAAUAGUCAACGCUGUUUCAUUGGCUAGGCAUCUUUCAUUAAAAAAUGAACCAAUUUAUACAAUUGGAAAUUAUUAUUGUGUCCCAAGAUGGCGUGGAAAAGGAAUUAGUAAUAAAUUAUUCAAAAUGGCGAUUGCUCAAGCAGGAACUGAUAAUAUUGGAUUAUCCGGUGCCUCUCAAAUGGCUCCACUUUACGAAUCUCGUUUUAAUUUUACACUUUCCAAUAAUAUCUGGCAUAAUGUUGGAGAAAUUGACAUUUCUCAAAUCAUAAUUCCCCAACAACAACAAACUGGUUUGAAAAUUCGAGAAAUCGAGGAAGAAGAUUGGCAAAAUGUUCAUGAAUAUGAUGAACAAAUUUGUGAAAUCGAAAGAAGAGAACUUAUAUCAGAAAAUCAUUGACAGAUGUCUCAACAAUCUCGCGAAUCUGUCAAAAUUCUUCCGGAAAGCUUUUGGGAUUCGGAGCGAUCAAAAAGGUCGUUCAUGGUGAAAUCUAUCUUUCGCCACUUUAUGCUGACACCUACGAAGUUGCGAUUUCAUUGGUCGCGAAUUUGUUGAAAUCAAUGCCGGAUUUGCAGAAUUUCACGACAUUAAUAACGUUGUAUCCGGAGAUAAAUAAUAAUAUUCCGCGUUUGAUGAACUUGAUAAGUGGUGGAAGUUUCAGACAGCAUUCGGAGUAUCGUAAUCAAUAUACGAAGAAAAUGUACGAGUUUCCGAUGGAACGAGUUUGGGCGUGUGAAGAGCUCUCGCAUUGCUUGGUUUAA